AACUAUCUUCCAUUACCCACAAGCAAAAUUAAAUUAACAUGGCUUCUUCUACACAAAAUACUCUACUUCCCCUCUCUCUCCUUUUCACCCUCUGUAUUUUGUCACAAGCCACCAACCCUAAUUUCAUUUUAACCCUAGUUAACAACUGUCCCUACACCAUUUGGCCAGCAAUUCAACCCAAUGCUGGUCACCCUGUACUUGAACGCGGUGGAUUUACCCUUCACUCACUUACACACCACUCUUUCCCUGCACCCACCGCUCACUGGUCUGGCCGAGUUUGGGCUAGGACUGGCUGUACUUAUGAACACGGAAAGUUUUACUGCGCCACGGGUGACUGCGGCGGCCGAAUUGAGUGCGAUGGACUCGGUGGGGCCGCCCCAGCUACGUUGGCGCAGUUUGUUCUACAUCAUGGACAUGCUGAUUUCUCAACUUAUGGUGUAAGCCUUGUUGAUGGUUUCAAUAUUCCUCUUACUGUAACACCACAUGAAGGUAAAGGGGUGUGUCCAGUUGUUGGGUGCAGGGCUAAUCUAUUGGCAACAUGUCCAGCAGUUUUACAAUUUAGGUCACAUGGUGGUCAUGGACCUGUUGUUGGUUGUAAGAGUGGCUGUGAAGCUUAUAAAACUGAUGAACUUUGUUGUAGGAAUCAUUUUAAUAGUCCACAAACUUGUAAACCAUCCACUUAUUCGCAGUUCUUUAAGCACGCAUGUCCUGCUACUUUCACAUAUGCUCAUGACACCCCUUCACUCAUGCACGAAUGCUCGUCUCCGCGUGAACUAAAGGUCAUUUUCUGCCAUUAAAAAUGGGGAAAAGGGGAAAUUUCGAUAUUGUGUUAAGGACUUUAGUAAUGUUUAAGUACUGGUUAGGUUGUAUUGGAUUGUGCUUUGUUGGAGUUUUAGGUUGUAUUGGAUUUGAAAUUUUAAGGUAAUGUUUAUCAUGUUGUUUAAA